CCCAUUCGCUACAGGACUCGCGGCGGCCCGCCUCCCUGCCGCUUAUUGGGAGGGAGGCGGUGGCGGGCGGCGCUGAUUGGUCCGCGGCUCGACCGUGAGGGGCGGGCGGUAGGCAUGGCGGUGCUGGCGCUGCUGCUGCUGGCGCUCGGUGCCGCGGCGGAGCCGUGCCCGGAGCCCACGAUCGUGCCCUCGUACUACACCACCUCGGACGCCGUCAUCUCCUCCGAGAGCGUCUUUGUGGUGGAGAUCUCUUUGGCCUGCAAGAACGGCGCCCAGAACGUGGCUCUCUACGCCGAUGUCAACGGGAAGCAGUUCCCCGUCACCCGCGGGCAGGAUGUGGGGCGCUACCAGGUGUCGUGGAGCCUGGAGCACCGCAGCGCCCAAUCGGGCACCUACGAGGUGAAGUUCUUCGAUGAGGAGUCCUACAGCGCCCUGCGGAAGGCUCAGCGCAACAACGAGGACGUGUCCCGGGUCCGGCCCCUCUUCACUGUCAAUGUGGACCAUAGGGGCGCAUGGAAUGGUCCCUGGGUGUCAACCGAGGUCGUGGCGGCCACCAUCGGCCUCCUGGUUUAUUACUUGGCCUUCAGCACCAAGAGCAGCAUCCAGGCAUAGCCCCUCCCUCAGUGCCCCGCCCCCCCCCGGGGGUCCCACACGUCCUGGUGAGAAUGGGGUGUCCCUAACAUUGAUCCCCCAAAUGGGGCACCCCUUCAAUAUGGGGAUGGGGCUGAACAGUG